AUGACGCUCGACGUACUUCAUUUCAUUGACAACAAAGGCGGAAAUGCGGAGGAAAUCCGCGAGUCGCAGAGGAAGCGCGGGCUAUCCGUAGAGUUGGUAGACGAGGUCAUCCAGAUGUACGCAGACUGGGUCAAGAUGGACUUUGAGUCAAAUAAUACUAGCAAGCAAGUGAACGCGAUACAGAAGGAGAUCGCUGCUAAGAAGAAGGCGAAAGAGAAUGCGGACGAGCUUGUCGCGAAGAAAAAAGAGCUCGAUGCACUUGUGAUUGCGAAGAAGGCGGAGACUAGGGAGUUCGAGCAGAAGAUGCGGCAAAAGGCGUCGACCGUAGGCAACAUCGUUGGGCCCAACGUCCCUGUUAGCAUUUCUGAGGACGACAACAAAACAGUCAAGACAUGGCAUCCAAAGGGCGAGGGUGUCGAGGUCGAGAAGAGAACAGACAUCAUGCCGCAUCAUGAAGUGCUUCUCCGGCUGGAUGCUAUGGACCUGGAACGAGGAACUAAGAUCACCGGCCAUCGAGGGUACUUCCUGACCAACGACGGCAUUGACCUGAACCAAGCCCUUAUCUCCUACGGACUCGACUUCUUGCGCAAAAAGGGCUACAAGAAGGUCCAGCCGCCCUUCAUGAUGAACAAGGAGAUGAUGGCCAAGACGGCGCAGCUCGACCAGUUCGAUGAGGAGCUCUACAAGGUGAUCGCCGCCGAGGACGAGAAGUACCUCAUCGCGACCUCCGAACAACCCAUCUCUGCAUUCCACUCGGAUGAGUGGUUCGACUCGCCCGAGACGCAGCUCCCGAUCCGCUACGCGGGCUACUCGACGUGCUUCCGCAAGGAGGCCGGCUCCGCCGGGCGCGACAUGUGGGGCAUCUUCCGUGUGCACCAGUUCGAGAAGAUCGAGCAGUUCUGUUUGACUGAGCCCGACAAGAGCUGGCAGAUGCUCGACACGAUGAUAGCGAACUCGGAGGCGUUCUACCAGAGCUUGGGCAUCCCGUACCGCGUCGUGGCGAUCGUCUCUGGCGCGCUGAACCUCGCAGCUGCGCAGAAGUACGAUCUGGAGGCGUGGUUCCCGUUCCAGGGCGCGUACAAGGAGCUCGUCUCGUGUUCGAACUGCACUGAUUACCAGUCCCGGAAGCUUGAAGUGCGCUGUGGUCUCAAGACCAAGGACCAGUCGCGGAAACUCUAUGUACACAUGCUGAACGGCACGCUCUGUGCGACGGAGCGGGCGCUCUGUUGCUUGGUAGAGAACUACCAAACACCAGAGGGAGUUGUGGUCCCUGAGCCACUCAGGCCGUACAUGCAAGGCCGAGACUUCCUACCAUGGGCGAAGGAACUUCCGAAGAACUUGCAGCGAAAACAGGCAUAG